AUGUCUUCAUCACAACACAAAAACUACGACCCAACCCAGUCCAUGGCCAAUCCCGGCAUGAACUACUGGGUCCGGUCCAACUCGCCGACACAAAGCACGCGACGCAACGCUGCUGGUCGCGGCCUAUUUUCGGGUCUCCAGGACACGAAACAUUACAAUGUCGAUGGUGGAUGGGCGGGAAGACAUGUUGUUGAUGAGGAUGCGCAAGGAAAUAAUGGUUUGUUUGGGUGGUUUAGUGGGUUCUUUUCAGGAAGCAAGUAG